CCGUAAGCUUGUUAACAAGUAGCCCAUAGGCUACUGGUGUUAUGUUCAAAAGUGGGUAGUGCUGGUUACAUACACUUGAGUAACUUUUUUGGAAAAAAGGUUAAAAAAGAGUAGUUUUACUGAACAGUACCUUUUUCUUUGACUUGAGUAAUAUUAUUAUUGCUACGUAGAUUCAUUCCCCCUCUUCUCCCCAACUGCCAUGUGUCCGAUUGACCCAUUGACCUGCAUGUGACAGUAUUUUGGUGGCAGUUAAAGGGUUAAACUCUUCUGGAGGCUUGGCUCGUCAUGGAUUAAUAGGUCAGCUCUAAAAUUAAUACUCAAGCAAAAAAUAUCAUUAAAAAAUGGGCUCUAAAAUUUUAAUCAACUUAAAAGCGUGAAAAGCAAGUGAAGUGUAAAUGCAGACAUUACAAAAGCGUUCAGAAAAGCCGGAGACCCAUUUAUCAUUAAAGCCUCGCCUUCAGGGACGGGUUGAAAACCUUUGAAUGUGUUGCGGUGAACAGAAAGUAGACAGAAACAGUCAGGCCCCUAACAGGAUACUUGAUAACAUGCGCAGCAGAGAGGGUCAUGGCUGUUGUGUUGUUGUUGGCUUGUAUUGUAGUCCAGACCCACUUCCUCCCUGCCCCUCGACCUCCAGACAGAGCCCCUCCUCACCCACCAGCCAUUAGCAAAUUCAUCAAACUCCGUCGAUUCCCAGAACAAAAACAAGCAUUAAUGCAGAUAAAUCCUCUGCAACAAGCUGACUGCUGAGGUUACGGCUGUGAAGGUGAGCUGCUUUAUUGGGUAAAGAUGUUUAUUAUUAGUUGGACUUUCUUCACACAUGAUUUUGUCAUUAAGUUUGAAACAAUAAUUUUGCUGCAAACCUAUAGUGACAUUUUGUUUUUGUUUUUUUGUUUUGGUGAAAUACUGAUAAUUCAGAACUUAUUGUUUGCAACGUUCAGGUAUAACGACAGCGUUACCUGCUUCAGUAUUUCCGGUGUCAUUAAUAGGCUCGUUAAUUUCAGCCGAUAGUAAAAAUUAUAAAUAAAUCUUUUUUUUUAAAAAAUACCGUGGUGGCCACUAGGUGGUGCUGUUGCUCUAGAUUGCCACCUGUGGAUUCUUCACGUCUAACAGUUGAAAGAGUGAAAACUACUCAAUCUCUUGUUGAAAUAACUCUGAAAAAGUUAAAUAUAUUCAAACUCUGAAGUAAAAUCAAGUAGACUCGGCACCGCUGUUGAUUUAAAUCUGCCAAAUUUCCUCUGAAUGUUUUGUUUACUGCAUAAACACACUGUUUCCUCACAAUAUUUCUCAAUGCUGUUUGUCCUGGUUUUUGCUUUAGUUUUAUGAACGAUGUGGAACAUUCAAAACCUGCAGCUCAUGUUGUUCAGGAAAUAAAACCAAAUACUCCGUUUACGAUGACAAAAGAACAAGAGUCGUCGCAGUGACCAUCUCUGAUCUUCAUUUUGGUGAUGCUGGGGAAUAUUGGUGUGGAGUGACCAGAGCAGGAAAAGAUAUCUACACUGAAGUAAAGCUGGAAGUAAAAGCAGAUUAACUUCUGCUUCAGAGUAGCUCUUGUCUUGAUGAACAAAAAGAUGCGAAGCCAUCAACACCUGCUGAUGACCGUCUGCACAGCUCUGAGUUUUGUGAUCAGUGCUGAAGGUUUGAUCCAAGUGUUUGGAUAUGAGGGAAGAGGUGUAAAUUUUUCAUGCCACUAUGAUCAGGGAUAUGAGGAUCGCGAAAAAUACAUUUGUAAGAAUGACUGUGGCUCCAGUGACGUUCUCAUUACAACAAAACAGAAAAAUGAAGGCAAAUAUUGCAUCACUGAUAAUAAAAAGAUCAGAAUCGUCACAGUGACCAUCUCUGAUCUUCAAUCACAUGAUGCUGGGAAAUACUGGUGUGGAGUCACUAGGUGGGGAAAAGAUACCUACAGUGAAGUAAAACUGCACAUAAAAGAAGACAGAUGCUGCGACACAGUGAAUAAAAUCCAAAGUAUUGAGGAAGGUUCAGUGACCAUCAGCUGUCCAUACAACUCUGAGUCUGUCAACAAGCUGAAGUUCCUCUGCAGAGGAAACCGGCCCUCCACAUGUCGACAGCAGGCAGUGAUCACCUCUAGCAACACACAAAAUGGACGAUUCAGAAUCUCUGACGACAGGAAGUCAAGAAUAUUCACAGUGACCAUUUCCAGUCUGACCCUGAAGGAUUCUGGGUCGUAUCUUUGUGGAGUUCAGAGAAACUCAGGAUUUGAUGAUUUCUCUACUGUUGAACUGGAGGUCAAAGAAUUAAAGUUGUACCACAUCAGUGGGAUCGAGGAACGUCCAGUAACUCUGCAGUGUCCUAAUUCAGGACAACAACAUGAUAACAAGAAGUUCCUCUGUAAAGGAGACCAACACAACAACUGUACAGACAUGAUGGAGAACCAAACAAAGUUCAAGCUGCUCAAUGUCUCCUCCACCUGUUUCUCUGUGAUCAUCACUGAACUGGAAGCAGCUGAUGCAGGAACAUACUACUGUGGUUCAGACUCUCAGCUGAGAUUCAUAAAGAUACAGCUGGCAGUCGGUUACAUCACAGUCACCAUCACAUAA